GCUUCGUGAGAGGAGAGGAGACUGCCAGCCCGCUUCGGCGGGCCUGUGUCCCGCGCCGUUCUCGGGGCCUCCCUGCUGAGUGCGAGGCUCACGCUGAGACGGACACGCAGUGCUGAGCGACCAAAGGAGCUUUGCGAUUGAUCCACUCACCUGCCAUGAGGAAUCACUAAGGUUUUGAAGUGCAUCCCUGAGCAUGAGUGCAGAAUGAAGCGACGUUUGGAUGACCAGGAGUCACCGGUGUAUGCGGCCCAGCAGCGUCGGAUCCCUGGCAGCACAGACGCUUUUCCUCACCAGCAUCGGGUGCUUGCCCCUGCCCCUCCUGUAUAUGAAGCGGUGUCUGAGACCAUGCAAUCAGCUACAGGAAUUCAAUACUCAGUAACACCCAGCUACCAGGUUUCUGCUGUACCACAGAACUCUGGUAGUCAUGGGCCCACCAUAGCAGCGGUUCAUAGCAGUCAUCAUCAUCCAACAGCUGUCCAGCCCCACGGAGGCCAAGUGGUCCAGAGUCAUGCCCAUCCAGCCCCACCCGUUGCACCAGUGCAGGGACAGCAGCAGUUUCAGAGGCUCAAGGUGGAAGAUGCACUGUCCUAUCUUGACCAGGUGAAGCUACAGUUUGGUAGUCAGCCUCAGGUCUACAAUGAUUUCCUUGACAUCAUGAAGGAAUUUAAAUCUCAGAGCAUUGACACUCCAGGAGUGAUUAGCCGUGUGUCACAGUUGUUCAAAGGCCACCCUGACCUGAUCAUGGGUUUCAACACCUUCUUGCCUCCUGGCUAUAAAAUUGAAGUACAGACCAAUGAUAUGGUGAAUGUGACAACUCCUGGCCAGGUUCAUCAGAUCCCCACCCACGGCAUCCAGCCCCAGCCUCAGCCACCACCCCAGCAUCCUUCUCAGCCUUCAGCCCAGUCAGCUCCAGCUCCUGCUCAACCUGCUCCUCAGCCCCCACCUGCCAAAGUUAGCAAGCCUUCCCAGUUACAAGCACAUACUCCAGCCAGUCAGCAGACUCCCCCACUCCCACCAUAUGCAUCCCCACGUUCUCCACCGGUCCAGCCUCACACACCAGUGACAAUCUCAUUGGGAACUGCCCCAUCCUUGCAGAACAAUCAGCCUGUGGAAUUUAAUCAUGCCAUCAACUAUGUUAAUAAGAUCAAGAACAGAUUCCAGGGCCAACCAGAUAUCUACAAAGCGUUCCUAGAGAUUUUGCACACAUAUCAGAAAGAACAACGCAAUGCCAAGGAGGCUGGAGGAAACUAUACUCCAGCUUUGACUGAGCAGGAGGUAUAUGCCCAGGUGGCUCGUCUCUUUAAAAACCAAGAAGAUCUUUUGUCAGAAUUUGGACAGUUUCUACCAGAUGCCAACAGCUCUGUGCUUUUAAGCAAAACAACUGCAGAGAAGGUUGAUUCUGUGAGAAAUGACCAUGGAGGCACUGUGAAGAAGCCCCAACUCAACAACAAGCCACAGAGGCCCAGCCAGAAUGGCUGCCAAAUCCGCAGGCACUCUGGAACAGGAACCACACCUCCAGUGAAGAAGAAACCCAAACUGCUCAGCCUAAAGGAUUCUUCUAUGGCAGAUGCCAGCAAGCAUGGGGUUGGAACUGAAUCAUUAUUUUUUGAUAAGGUGCGAAAGGCUCUACGAAGUGCAGAGGCCUAUGAAAAUUUCCUGCGUUGUCUUGUUAUCUUUAACCAGGAGGUGAUUUCUCGGGCUGAACUUGUGCAGCUAGUCUCUCCUUUUCUGGGGAAAUUCCCUGAAUUGUUUAAUUGGUUUAAAAACUUUCUGGGCUAUAAGGAAUCUGUACAUCUGGAAACCUUUCCGAAGGAACGAGCCACAGAGGGCAUUGCCAUGGAGAUAGAUUAUGCCUCAUGUAAACGGCUUGGCUCUAGCUAUCGAGCCUUGCCCAAGAGUUACCAGCAGCCCAAGUGUACAGGACGGACUCCUCUCUGUAAAGAGGUUUUAAAUGAUACCUGGGUUUCCUUUCCAUCAUGGUCUGAAGACUCCACCUUUGUUAGUUCUAAGAAGACUCAGUAUGAAGAACAUAUUUAUCGUUGUGAAGAUGAGCGCUUUGAGCUUGAUGUAGUUUUAGAGACCAAUCUGGCAACAAUCCGAGUUCUAGAAGCAAUACAGAAAAAGCUUUCCCGAUUGUCUGCUGAGGAACAAGCCAAAUUUCGCCUGGAUAACACACUUGGGGGUACUUCGGAAGUCAUCCAUCGAAAAGCACUCCAGAGGAUAUAUGCUGAUAAAGCGGCUGACAUCAUUGAUGGUCUGAGGAAAAAUCCCUCCAUUGCUGUUCCUAUUGUCCUUAAAAGGUUGAAGAUGAAAGAGGAAGAAUGGCGAGAAGCUCAGAGAGGCUUUAACAAGGUGUGGCGAGAGCAAAACGAGAAAUACUACUUGAAGUCUCUGGACCACCAGGGCAUCAACUUUAAACAAAAUGACACCAAGGUCCUGAGGUCUAAGAGCUUACUCAAUGAGAUUGAGAGUAUUUAUGAUGAGAGGCAAGAGCAGGCUACAGAAGAGAAUGCUGGUGUACCUGUUGGUCCACACCUCUCACUGGCCUAUGAAGACAAACAGAUACUGGAAGAUGCUGCUGCUCUGAUUAUCCAUCAUGUGAAGAGGCAAACAGGCAUUCAGAAGGAAGACAAGUAUAAAAUCAAGCAAAUCAUGCAUCAUUUCAUUCCAGAUCUGCUCUUUGCUCAGAGAGGUGAUCUUUCUGAUGUAGAGGAGGAAGAAGAAGAAGAGAUGGAUGUAGAUGAAGCCACAGGGGCAGCCAAGAAGCACAAUGGUGUUGGGGGCAGUCCCCCUAAGUCAAAGCUAUUAUUUAGUAACACAGCAGCUCAAAAGUUAAGAGGGAUGGAUGAAGUAUACAACCUUUUCUAUGUCAAUAACAACUGGUAUAUAUUUAUGCGACUACACCAGAUUCUGUGUUUGAGGCUGCUACGCAUUUGUUCCCAAGCUGAACGGCAAAUUGAAGAAGAAAACCGAGAGCGAGAGUGGGAACGUGAAGUGCUAGGCAUAAAGCGAGACAAGAGUGAGAGCCCUGCCAUCCAGUUACGGCUCAAAGAACCUAUGGAUGUUGAUGUAGAAGAUUAUUACCCAGCUUUCCUGGACAUGGUGCGGAGCCUACUUGAUGGCAACAUAGACUCAUCACAGUAUGAAGAUUCACUGAGAGAGAUGUUCACCAUUCACGCCUACAUUGCCUUUACUAUGGACAAACUUAUCCAGAGCAUCGUCAGACAGCUGCAGCACAUUGUCAGUGAUGAGAUUUGUGUGCAGGUGACUGACCUUUAUCUGGCAGAAAACAAUAAUGGGGCCACUGGGGGCCAGCUAAACACACAGACUUCAAGGAGCCUCCUAGAGUCAACCUAUCAGCGGAAGGCAGAGCAGCUUAUGUCAGAUGAGAACUGCUUCAAGCUUAUGUUCAUUCAGAGCCAAGGCCAGGUUCAGUUGACCAUUGAGCUUUUGGACACAGAAGAGGAAAACUCAGAUGAUCCUGUGGAAGCAGAGAGAUGGUCAGAUUAUGUAGAACGAUAUAUGAAUUCUGAUACUACCUCUCCUGAACUUCGUGAACAUCUGGCACAGAAACCAGUAUUUCUUCCAAGGCAUUUUCUGCUUUGCAGGAAUCUUCGCAGGAUCCGUAAGUGUCAGCGUGGUCGAGAACAACAGGAAAAGGAAGGGAAAGAAGGAAACAGCAAAAAGACCAUGGAGAAUGUGGAUAGCCUGGAUAAGCUGGAGUGUAGGUUCAAACUCAAUUCCUAUAAGAUGGUUUAUGUGAUCAAGUCAGAGGACUACAUGUAUCGAAGAACUGCCUUGCUCCGGGCUCAUCAGUCCCAUGAGCGUGUAAGCAAGCGUCUACAUCAGAGGUUCCAGGCCUGGGUAGAUAAAUGGACCAAGGAACAUGUGCCCCGUGAAAUGGCAGCGGAGACCAGCAAGUGGCUCAUGGGUGAGGGGCUGGAGGGCCUGGUGCCCUGUACCACCACCUGUGACACAGAGACCCUGCACUUUGUGAGCAUUAACAAGUAUCGUGUCAAAUACGGCACAGUAUUCAAAGCCCCUUAACUGCAAAACCAGAGAAGAUAACUUGAGGGGUGUGUGUGUGUGUGUGUGUGUGUGUGUACGCGCGCGUGUGCGCGCUCAUGCUCACACACACUGAAGAAGAAAGGACAAUGCCUUUCAAGCCUCACUGGUCUCCCUGAGACAUGGCCACUGAUGCAAGCUGGCACCAAGUAGGAUGCACAUAAGGAAUGUGAAUACCAUACAAAGCUUGAGCUGGCAUUUUUCCCAGGGGAUUUCUGAGUAUUAGCCUGCCCUGGAGGGGAAGGAAGUCCAUGCAAGCACAGAGAUAAUGUGGCUUGCUUGCACACACCAGCAGAGCUACGAAUAGUCUCCUGACCUUCAAUGAGAAAACCGGAUGCUGUUCACAUUUUGACUGGAUGAAAGUGCAUUUACAAAACAGAUUGGGGAAGGACUUAACAGUCAAAUGGAUUGUAACUAUUGAUGAUCAGCACUCCUCUUCAUUCCCUCCAAAAAGGAAAAAAAGGCUGGAUCUGGCUUUUUUUUUUUUUCUUCUUCUUCUUUCCUCCUGGUCACUUGAGCACAUCUAAAAUCACCCAUUAGGUUUUUAUCUGGGACUCACAGUUUGGCUUAGGGAUUAAUCAUCUUGUGGAUUUGAUUCCUGACAAAUCCCUUGCUGCCCACCCUUUCUCUCUCCUCUGGUUCUCAACUUCAACAAGUUCAAAUCAGUUGUCCUUUUUAGCUCCCGUGGAACUGUUUUGUACCUGCUCCUUUACUAGUCUACCCUAGUGCCAUCCACCAGCUUUACUCUGACACACAUGCACACACACACAAUUUUAACUUGUUUUUUUUUUCUUUUUUUGUAAAUAAUGUACAUACUGUCAAUUUUUUAUUAAAAGAAAUAUGCUUUGAUGUGCUAGCAUAAUUGCUCUAGCUUCUUGUGUACCAUAGUACUAUGUGGCUUCAGAUUUAGAACCUAUGAACAGAUGUAUAAGACAUUUAUUACACUUUUUACCAAAGGGAGUUACCAUUGUAGUACUUUUGUGUAAAACUUUGUCUUCUCCUUCACCUCUAACUUUUUCUUUUCUUUUUUUCCUCUUUUUCUUUUUCUUUUCUUUUCUUUUUUUUUGUACAUAAAUAAAGCUUGGUUCUUACUUAAGGAAUAAAUUUUCAACCCAAGUCCCUUAUCCUCACCAGAGAACUGCUGUGAAGCAGUGAUUCUGGCUUCAGUUCCUUUUUCAGGGUACAAACAGAAUUUUGCUUUAAGUAGUCAAUAGUCACACUCCUCCCAAAUCAAAAUACCCCAAAAUUUAAAAAUAGAAUACUUCAAUCUUUUAGUACAUGUAUUUCUCUCUUGAAAUACUUUUUAUAUUGGGUGUUUGUUAAGCUAUGUAGCUUGUAUUUACAACUAUUUUUUUUUUUUUUUUGGAUCUUCUCCUUAUUGGGAAUGAGAGUGAACAACUUAAAAUACCAAACCAGUAUUUGAAAGAAGUAUGUAUAAGGUAUGAGGUACAAGUGGGCUUGGGAGGGAGAGAAUUUGAUAAAUUUCCUUAGCAACUCCAAGUGGGAGAUAGAUUUUUUUAAUCACAUAAAAUUUAAUUGGCAUACAUUUAAACAUGAAUGAUAAGGAAUUUUAUAUGUGAAUAACCUGGAUUAUCUGAACAAAGACUAACUAGCCCUCAGUCAUCUGGUGGGUUUUUUUUUUCCAGCAACCAUCACCCUAAUCAUACUAGUCACAGUUGUAAUCAAGAGUGUUUUGUGUAUUUUUUUGUUCACUUUUUAAUUAAAAAU